CCUACAAUGUCAGAGUCCUUUUACGUUAGUCAAAAACAGAUGCUAAAUUUGAUUUCCGCUUAAGAAAAUUAAUUUUUUUCCAACUCCAAAUUCCAAAACCAUGUUUAAGGCCAAGUAUCGUGACAUAGGAUUCUUUGUGCUGCUGACAUCGAUGCACGUGUGCUCAGUUCUUCAGCCAGUGGUCGAGGCUCAGGCCAAUUUCAAAUCGGCUUAUCCCUCAGUAGAUCGUAAUUUGAUCCUGCAAUUGGGCUAUAUCUAUAAUCACUGGAUGCUGGUCAAGGCGAUGAUGUAUUCGCUGCUGGUUAUGAUCGGACUUUGGUACAGUCGGCAUUUGCAAAGUAAGGAGCCGCAGGAAUCGGAGGAAAAAAGGGACAUCCUAAAGCUUCCAGAACCGCUAACCGCCAAUGAGGUGAAAAAGGGCUGGCUCAAUCGAAAUACUCAAAAUUCCGGAACUGAAUUGGGACCCUUUCCGGUGAAGAACUUCCUGCUAUUCGCGUUGCCUUGGCUAUUGACCUUUUUGGCCAGCGGAUUGAUUAACUACCUUCGCCUUUAUAUGGUGAUCCAGCAUUUCUGCAUUUCCAACUGGAAGGCCAUACAGCUUUAUGGAGAACUGCAGGUGCUCUUUUUGCAUCGCCUUUUGGCAGUGCCAUUAAUUCCCUAUUGGUCAAAAAUAACCGGAGGAGCAUUCAACCUACCCGGGAACUUUAUUAGUUUCGAAACCCAUCUGUUGGACUAGCAUGGCCCUUUUUGAUUUGCAUUUUGUAUUAUUGUUGGAAAAAAUCAGUUAUGGAAUUGUAGUUAAGGAUAUAUUUAAAUUAAAAUGUCUAAAUUUAUAAUUAAAAAAAUA